AUGUCGUGGCAAAAGGGAACAGGGAGCGGAAGUGAUCGUAACCCCUGGAGUAUCGAGGAUGGUUCCAGGGGAACAGGGAGCGGAAGUGAUCGUAACCCCUGGAGUAUCGAGGAUGGUUCCAGUGGUACAAAGAGCGAAAGUGAUCGUAACCCCUGGAGUAUCGAGGAUGGUUCCAGUGGUACACAGUACGGAAGUGAUCGUAACCCCUGGAGUGUCGAGGAUGGUUCCAGUGGUACACAGUACGGAAGUGAUCGUAACCCCUGGAGUAUCGAGGGUGGUUCCAGUGGUACACAGAGCGGAAGUGAUCGUAACCCCUGGAGUAUCGAGGAUGGUUCCAGUGGUACAAAGAGCGAAAGUGAUCGUAACCCCUGGAGUAUCGAGGAUAGUUCCAGUGGUACACAGUACGGAAGUGAUCGUAACCCCUGGAGUAUCGAGGGUGGUUCCAGUGGUACACAGAGCGGAAGUGAUCGUAACCCCUGGAGUAUCGAGGAUGGUUCCAGUGGGAGCGGAAGUGAUCGUAACCCCUGGAGUAUCGAGGAUGGUUCCAGUGGUACAAAGAGCGAAAGUGAUCGUAACCCCUGGAGUAUCGAGGAUGGUUCCAGUGGUACACAGUACGGAAGUGAUCGUAACCCCUGGAGUGUCGAGGAUGGUUCCAGUGGUACACAGUACGGAAGUGAUCGUAACCCCUGGAGUAUCGAGGGUGGUUCCAGUGGUACACAGAGCGGAAGUGAUCGUAACCCCUGGAGUAUCGAGGAUGGUUCCAGUGGUACAAAGAGCGAAAGUGAUCGUAACCCCUGGAGUAUCGAGGAUGGUUCCAGUGGUACACAGUACGGAAGUGAUCGUAACCCCUGGAGUAUCGAGGGUGGUUCCAGUGGUACACAGAGCGGAAGUGAUCGUAACCCCUGGAGUAUCGAGGAUGGUUCCAGUGGUACAAAGAGCGAAAGUGAUCGUAACCCCUGGAGUAUCGAGGAUGGUUCCAGUGGUACACAGUACGGAAGUGAUCGUAACCCCUGGAGUAUCGAGGGUGGUUCCAGUGGUACACAGAGCGGAAGUGAUCGUAACCCCUGGAGUAUCGAGGAUGGUUCCAGUGGGAGCGGAAGUGAUCGUAACCCCUGGAGUAUCGAGGAUGGUUCCAGUGGUACAAAGAGCGAAAGUGAUCGUAACCCCUGGAGUAUCGAGGAUGGUUCCAGUGGUACACAGUACGGAAGUGAUCGUAACCCCUGGAGUGUCGAGGAUGGUUCCAGUGGUACACAGUACGGAAGUGAUCGUAACCCCUGGAGUAUCGAGGGUGGUUCCAGUGGUACACAGAGCGGAAGUGAUCGUAACCCCUGGAGUAUCGAGGAUGGUUCCAGUGGUACAAAGAGCGAAAGUGAUCGUAACCCCUGGAGUAUCGAGGAUGGUUCCAGUGGUACACAGAGCGGAAGUGAUCGUAACCCCUGGAAUAUCAUUGAUGUGAUAUAG